AUGAACAACCACUUACUCCCAUUUUCAUAUAAUCAGUCACGGCCACCAACGUGGCUGGGCCGCCUAAUUCAGCCGCUAUCAGACAUUCUGUGUGGAAGCCCCAGACACACUACACCGCAGCAGCCAUCGACAACACCGAUCAACCUUCAAAAUGAUCAGGACGGUGUCCCUCCAAUACGCAUUGUAUGCAUCUCAGAUACGCACAACUCAACACCUAUCCUUCCACCUGGUGACAUCCUGAUUCACGCAGGCGACCUGACCACACAUGGCACCUUCGCUGAAAUGCAAGCACAGCUCAAAUGGUUAUCGUCACAGCCGCAUACAUACAAAAUCGUGAUUGCGGGAAAUCAUGAUAUUCUCCUAGACGAAAAAAGCGACGCGAAAUUUCUCACACGCGCGGGAGAUAGUGCCACCGAGCGAAAACAGUUAGAUUGGAGCGGGGUCGAAUAUUUGCAAGAUGAAGCAAUCACUUUGAAACUGCCAGUUCCCGGUCUGGGAAAGCAACAAGUGCGCAGGGUGAAGAUAUAUGGGUCUCCAUUGACACCGGAGUUUGGUCUCUGGGCAUUUCAAUAUCCUCCAAUCCGCGACGUGUGGACCGGACGCAUUCCGGACGAUACUGAUAUCCUGGUGGUUCACGGUCCCCCCGCUCUAUAUGGAGAUAAUGAUGGCGAGAAAAGACCGACUGGCCAAGUCAAGGUGAAGGGCGAUGGCUAUCUACUGUGCGAAAUACGCAGGGUGAAGCCUAGGAUGGUUGUCUGUGGUCAUAUUCACGGGGCAUAUGGCCUCGCGGCUAUCCAACACGAUGAUAUUGAAGACGCCAUGGAUGGACUACAAAUGGCAUGGAAAGUCUAUGGCCUGUUACGAGCUCUAAAACAGACUCUAUGGAGCAAGAUUGCCAUAGGAAGGAAUAUUGAUGGCCGGAGGGAAAGUCAUAUCGUCAACGCCGCCGUGGCACCAGGCGUUGACCAUCGCGAAGAAAAGAGCGUAAUCGUCAUUGACUUCUAA